CCGGCCGCCGGGAGGAAGCGGGGGCGGCGGGAGCGGGGGCCCCGGGAGGCGGGAGAGGGAUGCGGGGGCUUCCCGGGAAGCCGCCUGAAGAGACAUGCACCCGGCGGCGGCGGUGGGGCUGGUGUUCGGCGGCUGCUGCAGCAACGUGGUGUUCCUGGAGCUGCUGGUCAGGCAGAUUCCAGGAUGUGGGAACAUAGUGACAUUCUCCCAGUUCCUGUUCAUUGCCCUGGAAGGCUUUAUCUUCGAAGCCAACUUUGGGAGGAAGAGGCCAGCCAUCCCCAUAAGAUACUACUUCAUCAUGGUGACCAUGUUCUUCACUGUCAGUGUAGUGAAUAACUAUGCCCUGAACUUAAAUAUUGCUAUGCCACUGCACAUGAUCUUCAGAUCAGGCUCUCUCAUUGCAAGCAUGGCUCUAGGCAUCAUCAUUCUGAAGAAAAGGUACAGCAUAUUUAAGUACACCUCCAUAGCCCUGGUGUCCCUGGGGAUCUUCACCUGCACUUUCAUGUCUGCAAAGCAAGUGGCAUCUGACUCCAGCUUAAAUGAAGAGGAUGGACUCCAGGUUUUCUUUUGGUGGCUGCUGGGUAUUGCUGCACUCACCUUUGCCCUCCUGAUGUCUGCCAGGAUGGGGAUUUUCCAGGAGACUCUGUACAAGCAGUUUGGGAAGCACUCCAAAGAGGCCCUUUUUUACAAUCACGCGUUACCACUCCCUGGCUUUCUGCUCCUUGCCCCAGACAUCUACCACCAUGCAGUCCUCUUCAGCCAGUCUGAGCCCUUCCAGGUCCCAGUGAUUGGGCUGACCCUGCCAAUCAUGUGGUUCUACCUCCUCAUGAAUGUCAUCACUCAAUACGUUUGCAUCCGCGGCGUCUUCAUCCUGACCACCGAGUGCACCUCCCUCACCGUCACCCUGGUGGUGACGCUGCGCAAGUUCGUCAGCCUCAUCUUCUCCAUCCUCUACUUCCACAACCCUUUCACAGCCUGGCACUGGUUGGGCACCUCCUUUGUCUUCGUGGGGACUCUGAUGUACACCGAGGUGUGGAACAGCCUGGGGCCCUUCCUGGCCAGCUGGAGGAAGAGGCCCAAGGAGGAGUAACAGCCAGGGACUCUGCAGGGACCUUUCUCUUGCUUGACAGAGCAGAGCAGCAGGGAAUUCCCCCCCCUGGGGGGGGUUGUGUUUUUUAUCCCAGGAGGUGUUGGCUGUGCCAAGCUCCUGGGAAAUGUGGAGCCUCUGCUUGGGAACCUACCUGAGAUGGAUCAUGGAGAGACCCGACGGUUCUUCUUGCAGGAUUGAGUUGUUUUUAUGCAGCCCCUUUUGCUUCCAGCCCCUCCUCCCUUUUUAGUUCUCAAUUGAAUAACCCUUUUUAAAGUGAUAGAAGAGCUGCCCCAGUUCUGGUAGGAGCCCAACUCUGCUGUGGUGCUGUUGUCCACUCCUCCUGGCUCUGAUGAGCUGGACCCUGAGCCUGUUUGGUGUCAUCCUUUCAUGUCCAGGUGGCCAUAGCAGGUGGUUGACCCCCAAGGAGCUGCUGGUUGUUCAGCAGGUUGUUGGUUGCCCUGGAAAUGCCAGGUCUGGCUGUGAACCUGGGUCCUUGAUUGCCUGAUCCUACCACCUGUGCUGGGAGGGUGUUGGAGACACCUGGAACUAGAGCCUUCCAGUCUGCCCAGUAGAUCCCCCCACUGGGGAAUGGCUGAGGGAGCUGAUUCCCAAGCCACUGAGCCCCCAUCAAGAGUAGCAGAGCCCAGCUGGGAGCUUGAGGAAACCAAAAAGGGGUGAUGUUAAGGGGGGGGACAGAAAGUGUCACCUUCUCAGGGAGAUGGUGAAGUGCUGUUGAGGCUUCACUCAGUCCUCAGGUGUUGCCCUGAUGCUUCACCAGCUGGAGGAUCUCCUGGGUUCCUCCUGCUUCUGUUGGGUCCUCAGUGCAGGUCACUUUUCAGUCGCUUCCUACUUCUUCCCUUGUCCCAGGGGUGCUCAGUGGGCUUGCAAGAAACUGCAGAGCCCCCACCAUGCCUGUGGGCCCCCCAGAUCCAACCCAACCUCAGGGUUCCAAUGAUGCCAAGAAGCUGAAGGGCCAGUACAGCUGAGCUUGUCCUGCUGGGGUGGAGUUGGUUUUCCUGUCUCUUCACCCAGUUCUCCUCUUUUCUCCUCUCUCCCCUCUUUGGGCAUCAGCUUCCCUGGUGGCAUUUCUGUGCACCAUGGCAGCAUCCAGCUGGCACAGGGCUGGUGUCCCUUGGUGUCACCUCUCAGGUGGGGCAGGGCUGGGCUGCAGGAGCUUGGGGGGGGGUGUGUGUCCUCGUGCACACAGGGAAGGUGUCACCCAACAAGGUGAGGAGCAGCAGCCACAGCUCUUCUAGGAGCUGCUCAGCACUGGGCAGAGCGAGGGUCAGCACCUGGAGCUUCAUCUUGGUCUUGGAGCAGCAGAACCAAGUGCUUGGACCUUGCCUUGUCCUGCCUCAGUUUCCUUGGAGCACCUGGUUCUCCUCAUCGUGGUACCAUCCCUGUUCAGCCUGUGGGAACUGGAGCAAUAUCAGCCUGAGUCACAUCAAGCUUGGCCAAGUGAGGACUCUGUUCCAUCACUCCUCCCACCCAACCUCCCAAAGGUUUCCAGCCUUGGUGUUUGUAGCCCCGCCAACCUUCAACCUGGUCUGGGGGGCUUCACCCUGAGGGCAGCCAAGCACCACCUGGCUGCUCAGUCACUGUCCCUCAUGGUGGGAAGAGCUAAAGCAAGAAAACUUGGGGGUAAAGAGGGUUUAAUAAGCAAAAGAAAGAGGAAGAGGGGGAGAAAACCCCACAAGGAAUGCAAAGACAACCCCUCACAGCCACCCCCCGUUAGACCUGUGUCCCAGCCAGUGGCCACCUUCCCACACCCUCCUCCUCUGCUUUCAUUGCUGGUUUGUACCUGGAUCAGUUCUCUUGGGUUUGUCCUUUCCCAGCUUCUUGCCCACCCGUGGCUUAGUCACUGGUGGGGGCAGAGGGAGGCAAAAGGGACACGUUCAAGGGCUGCAGCACAGGGGGGGGGUGCUCAACAAAGCCACAAAUCCAAAGCCCAGCACCAUCCCCUCCACCAUGGAAGAUGGGAACUCCAUCCCAACCAGAGCUAGGACCAUCCUGACAGGCCCUGCAGCUCCCUCCAUCCUCAGGGUUUUCCUCUUCUGGUUUUGAUUUUUGUCUUCAGCCUAAAACUCCUCUGGUGGUUUGAGUGUCAGGCAGGAGAUGUUUGCAAGGCUUGUGUAGAGCUGGUGAUUGUUUCACCUCCUGCAGGUCAGCUCUGGCUUCCAGCUCUUUGUGCAGGCUCUAGGAAGGACCCAGGGGGAUGCAAAAACCUUCACCCCUCAUCUUCAUCCUCAAGAGAUUUGUACACAGAGCUUCAGCUGAGACAGGGAGGUAGGGGAGGACGACACAGAUUCAGUGCAGGAGCAGCAGGGCCACUUGGGGUUCUUCAGAGCUUGGCACAGGGGUGUGACACCAGGCUGAGGGCAGGAGCUGCAUUCAGGGUUGGGCAGGAGGAGCUGCAGGUCCUUUGAGGGGGCUCUGGGGGUGGCUGCUCUACCCUUGGGUAGGAGUUGAGCAGGUGCCUGAGGGGUGGCACAGCCUGUACACAGCCCCCUGCUUCAUUCCUCUCAAGGACCUUGCACGUUGUCUCCAGCUCCCAUGAGAUGCUGGUUGGUUUGGGGACCUUGGGCUUUCUCUUUGUUUUAACCACGUGCUGUCCUGGGGCUUCACUCAAACCAGGUGUCAACACUGGGUCAUUACUGGUGGUGUUGGGGGGGGGGAUUUUUAAUUCUUUUUUUUUAACUUAGUGUGAUUUCUGACUUGCUGAAUAUUUGCAGCUCUUGAGGUGUCAACAAAAGUAGCAACGAUUCCCUUCCUGCUGUAGGAGAUCAGGGGAGCUUGUCCUUUUAGGAGAUGAAGGAAAGGUCCAGGCAGACCCCAUGAGCCAAAACUAGUGUUUGCAUCCAGGUUCUCCCACCCCAAAAUGGGGCUCCUGAUUUAUUUUUCACCUUUGCUGUAGAAAUAAUAGCACAGAGUUUUUAGCAGAGGCUGGAGAAGCGGGUGAACCAAAGCACUUUUUGAUCAAAACCUUCUGGAUUCAGCAGAUUUUUGGGCCUGGCUGGUUGGGUUUAGGGGUUGGGUUUUUCUGGUUGGGUUGUUUUUGUUUUGUUUUUAAACAAUCAAAAUAAAUGCGUGUCCAAGUG